GACUGCUCUGAUGGCAAGCUCUUCGGUGAGGAGGAGUCUCCACAGGAGCUGCCAGCAGAGCCUAAGCUGAAGUUGAACAGAGAACCUGCAGAGUUGGCGCAGUGGCUUCCGGACAUCACAGAGGUGAUCUCACGGUUACGUGCUGGCGCAGAAGGUUUUUCUUCCACAGAGAUGGAGCGAAUCAACACUGCCUUCCAGCGUUUUAAGGACCCGGACAACCCGGAGAUUCAUAAGGAUGAGCUGCCGAAGGUCCUCAUGCAUCUGGGCUACACGCAGAUCAACGAUGAACGCGCGCGAGAGCUUGCAGACGAGAUUUCAAGGUAUCCCAUGCUGGAAAAGGGGGAGUACGUGACCUUCAUGGAGAAACAUGUGGAGUACGAGCUACAAGCCUUCAAGGAUAUCUUUGAGAGGUUUGACAUGGAUGGGAACGGCUGCUUAGAUGCGGGCGAGCUCCACGUCUUCCUGUCCUCACUUGGUUUCACGCCGCUGCGGUCCAUCAUCCGGGAGUCCUUAGAUCUCGUGGACCUG